AUAAAGUUGUUUCACAGAUGAAUGAGACUAUUGAACAGGGUAAAGCAUGCCACGAACCUGAAAGCAUCCCUAGAGAAAAAUUAGAAUUGAGCUCUUCCAUUACUCUCAAAGAAGUGAAAGAAGAAAUCGAUGUGCAGAAGCUUAACUUGAUCAAGUACAGUAUGCAACAACGAAGCUACCCAGCUCAAUGGCAUGAAGAACUUGGUUGCAUCCCCUCCGUAUCUGUGAUAACGAAAAGAGAUGGAACUACUGGUUUUGCCUCUGCCAAUCAACUGAAACAAUGCUUAAGUGCACCAGAUAAGUUUAAUGAGUCUUUGAUCCCACUACACAAAUCUGGAGAUUGUUCUUUUAUGAAGUGUUUUAAACAAAGAUCUGUAUCCUCAUGGCCACUAGACAGCAAAACUUUCCCAAAAGGUAAUCUGUGUCACACCAAUAAUGAAAAUCCAAAGCUUUUAGAAUCUGAGCUUCCAAAAUGGGCAGUUUCGGGAAAUGCUGCACAAAUCUUUGAAGAACCGAAACCAAAUGAUGCAAAACCACUAUUAUGCAGUGAAUCUAAGGAGGAAUUGAAAGAAAUCCCAUUUCAACUAGAUAUUUCUUCUUCCACUGAGGAGCUGGAAGUCUUUAGUGAACCAUCAGAAGAAUUGAACUUACAACGACUAAAAGCAGCCAUGGAGGACAUUGAGCAGAGACGCAGACAGUUCUCUCCCGCUUAAUUUCUAGUUUUUGAGCUUUAGAUAUUGUGCACAUGAAUAUUUAUUGAAAGCAAUAUAUUAAUACAUGUCUUGUAUGUUUGAUUUGUUGUAUUGUAAAUGAGUUUUGUCUAUAUUUGUGCCUUAAAAAAAAACAAAUGGAGGGAGGUUUUUUUUUUUAAGUAGAUGUUUGUUUUUUAAAAACAUUUAUUUAGUAAAUCUUGACCACAGAGCGAUGGCAGAAGACCUUAAAGUGGAAACAUCAUUUGUAACAGAUUGUUAGUUAUUAUUUUGUAAUUGAUAGGAUUAGCGAGAACACACUUCCUACUACUUUUCGUUUUGUGGUUGAUUCUACCUAUUACAAAUGAUAUAAAUGAUGUUUCCGUUUCAAGGUCAUCCACCAUCUCUCUGUGGUCAAGCUUUAUCUGAAAUUGUUUUAUCAAAUGUUUUUGUGUGUGAAUCACAGUGUGCCUUAUUAAUGAAAUCAUUGAUCUUAGAUGUGUGAUUGUAAAUUAAAUUAUUUGUGUGAAAGAAUCUCUUAUUGAUAGUUUUGUUUUAAAGUUUCUUCUACCUGUCAUUAUUCCCAGAUCAAUGAUAAAAUUUUAUUAAACUGAAACAAUGUGUUUUAAAAUAAUUUCAGAGAAAUCCGGGCUAUCUCUUAAUGAAAGAGUGUUGAAUCAUUAUGUUUCUAGUUUUAGUGUGAAAGUUACUAAUAUAUGAGAUUUUGAAAGAAAUAUUUUGCAUUUAAUCAAUUUAUCUUUUUUUUCCGUUUAAAUACCUCAUUUUUAUAUUAUAUAUUUUGUUUAAAGUAAAUUUAAAUCCUCUUUAACUAGCUUAAAAUUGCACUUCGCCCAAAAGAUUAAUUCUGUACAUGAUUUGUGUGCACUCUUUCGCUUUUUAAGCAACUAUCAAACUGUUUCUCAUUUUUCUGCCUGUAUUUUAAUAGAUAUCUUAUUCUUUAUUAUUAAAUCUAAUUCAUUUUACAAUUUCCGAACAAAGAUCUGUAUUUAUUUGUAGAGUAGUACAGUCGACUCUUGCUAACUCGAAAUUGGAGGGAACAGGUAAAAAAUUCAAGUUAUCGAAAAUCUUACAAAAAACCAUUCCAUUUAAUACUAUUAAGAAUAACUGUCAAGAAGAGUUUGACGGCUUUUUUUUUCUUUCCACGUCAAUUACAUUUUCCAGAUGGGAAAUAGCAUUAAAUGUCUUUCUGUCAUAUCAGGUUUUGGUUCAAUGAAUGCCCACAUGACAUGGAUGGCACUUUUUGCUUCUUUAAAGGUGAUCUUUUUUGGAUUGAUAAGUUCUUCAAUGACCUCACACAUCUUCCUCUUCUGUUCUCUCAAUAUAUUUCCACCACGUGGAAUGUUCUGGAUCCGACACUGCGUUAUCCAUUUUAUCAAGCAUUUUUUCAACUUCUGGAUAUUCUCCAAUCUCCAUUCUUUUCCAAUCCCCUUGAUUAUCAUUGAAGUUUUCAGGAAUAGUCUCUUUGUUUUUGAGAAUGGUUGACAGUGUGCUGUUUGGAAUACCAAACUCCUUUGCAAUAUCCAUCUUUUUCUUUCCCCUUUUCUCAACCGCAUCAAUCACCUUUUUCUUCUCUGCAAUAGAAAGUGUAGUGCAUAAACUUUAGCUUCUUCGCAGCGCUAAUAAGCGAAGUGGGAAGACCAAGACUAGAACGAGAAAGGGUUGUGUUUUGAGAACUGGUCAUUCAGGUUGAGAGAAUGUUUAUUCUAGAAACUCGACCAUUGUCCACUACUGACAGAAAACAGCAGCUGAAACACGUCUCCCUUCCCACAUACUUGUGGUGAACACAACUGUGAAAAUCACAAGCAAAAGAAAGAACCUAGGGACACGUUUUUCUUCUCAAGAACACGUAAAAGGGGGAGAUAACAAAGUAAAAGGUAUAGGAGUUAAAAAAAUGAGUUUUGAGGGAUUGAAAUUUUUUUGAGUGAAUGGGAAAACAAUUUGCGUUAUCGAGAAGAAGGAAAAAAUACUUUGAGUUAAAGAGAUAAAAUUUCAUCAAAAAAGCAUUAAGGUGCAGGGAAAUACUCUUUUUCCGAGAUCGAAAAUUUCAAGUUACCGAAGUUCGACUUAUCACGAGUUGACUGUAUUUAUCAAAAGAUAAAAUUGAAAUAGUUAUGAAAAGUAUGGGAAAAAUGAGUUAAAAUCAACUGAUGUUUACUUUACUCUAAAACUAACUAAAAAAAAUUAAGGUAAUAAAUAUGAGUCAAAAAAAAAAA